GAAUGUCCAACAGGUAUAAAUGUUUUUUUUUUGUAUUAAAAGUAGUUAACCAAGUUAUUUUUAAUUGUUGCGGUGAUUUGAUUACAAAUUACAUAAGGUUUUAUACGUACCUUGUCACGUGUCGUCACACGCGAGCGAUCUGUAGGUUAAGAUAAAUCAUUCGGUGUGCUGGCGAGUGGUUUAAAAAAUAAUACAACGGAAUAUUCGUUUAUUAUCUUGUUGAAGUGCUAUUCAAAUAAAAGUAAGAUAUAACAGUGCGUUUUAAAGAAGGACUACAAAACUAUUGUACUAAAAAACUGUAAAUAAAUAAAUCGCGAGUUUUUUUUGUACUUAAAGUAAAAUUAUACCCAUAUAUGUAAAUUCUUAAUAUAGUGUUGUGUAUUAAUUAAAUAUAGUUUCAUAUAUGAAGUUUUAUUAUAUGCAAGUCAUUCUUAAAUAUUACGUGCAGUGCCUGUUAUGAACGUCAAACGUUAAGCUACCAUUGGACAAACAGGACACUCAUAAUAUUUUUUUAUUCGUAGCAUUUUUAUUAAUACAAUCAAUUGUAUUAAAUAAAUAUUAUAAGUAGUAAAAAAUGAAGAUCCGACCACUUUGUCCGCUUCUGCAAGAAAAAGCCGAGAAGGAACUUUUUGAGAAAUCAAAUAGAAUAUCUUCGGAUGUCGAGGCUAUUAAGGAAUGGUUAAAGAAACAACCACAUUUGCAAGCAGUUAACCCAACUGAUCAAUGGUUGAUAGCAUUUUUAAGAGGGAACAAGUACAGUUUAGAAAGGACUAAAGAGAAAUGUGAAAUGUACUACACUCUGCGUACCGUAGUACCAGAAAUAUUCAAGGGUAGAGACCCAAUGGAUCCUUAUAUACAGGACAUAUUAAAAUUAGGAUUUUUUCUACCGAUAAAAUCAUGUAAAAGCACAGAUGCAUGCAAGGCAACUAUUACCAGGUUCGGAGCCUCUGACUCUUCAAAAUAUCAUUUGCUUGAUAUUAUGAAAGUAAUGUUUAUGAUCAUCGAAAUACUUCUACUAGAGGAUGAUAACUUCGUGGUAGCUGGAAUGGAUGUGCUGUUUGAUAUGAAGGGGGUUGGGAUAAACAUUCUAAGUCAGUGGACUCCGACCAUCGCUAAGAAAUUAAUAUUCUUAAUAGAGAAGGCUCUACCAGUGAGAAUGAAGAGUAGUCACGUAAUAUAUAUACCUCCAGGUUUUGAAGCGGCUUAUAAUUUGUUUAAAGCUUUUGUAGCAGACAAAAUUAAACAACGGUUUCAUCUGUACGGCCAAAAUCAUGAUGGAAUGUACGACACUCUUCCUCGAAGUAUUCUUCCAAAGGAAUAUGGUGGAGACGAUGGGUCUUUGCAAGAACUAAUUGACUUCUGGAAAAGGAAAGUCGAAAGUUACCGUGAUUGGUUCCUUAAAGAAGAAACUGAACGUUCAAAUGAAGCUCUGAGACCUGAUAAAUCCAAAACUACUUCGAAUCUUUUUGGAGUGGAAGGAUCUUUUAGACAGUUAGAUAUUGAUUAAAUUAAUUUCUUUUUUUAAAAAUACGAACAAAUAUUUGUUUUACUUUUAUUAAAUUCAAUUCAACCCUUA